AUGGCUCAUCUUCUUGGAAGUAAAGCUUGUAUUGAUAGUUUACGUGCUGAUAUUGAUGAUUUACAAAAUGUGAUUCAUGAGAUUAUUGCGAAAACAGGUUCAAUCAAAUGUCAUUCAUGGAAAUUUCCUGAUAAAUUAGCAACUGAUGUUGAUAUGAAAGAAUUAUUUAAUCGUUAUCGAUAUGGAAAAAAUGAAAUUGAUAAUCAAGUUACUCAUAUAAUUCUAUUCGAGCUUAUUAUUGACAGACUCUUGCUUGUCAUGCAUGGUUCAUGGCGUUUUUUAUAUGAAACUCAAACUAAAAUAUUACCAAAUACAAUUGAUGCUUCAUCGACUACUGAUCAACAAACAUGUCUUAGUGUUGGAUUAGUUGUUAAAAAAUAUUGGAUUAAAUUAAUACAUAUAUUUACUAUGCUUCAACAGCAUGAGUCUCAUCAUAAACGAUCAAAUCGUACAGCAGUAAUACAAUCAAAAUCAACGAAUAAUCCUGAAAAACAUUGUCAAACAAUUGAAACAUCAUUUGGUCCAUGUUCAUCAUGUACUAAACUUCAACAAUGUCUUCGUGAUUUUGGUGAUAGUAUUAUCAAUUUAUGUGUUACAUAUAAUUUACCAUCAUCUCUUGCACAUCAUCGAUGUUCAACAACGACUGUACCUGAAUGGUUAUCAUCCGAUGAUAUUAUUCAUUGGUUUGAAUCUCAAUCAAAAGAUUUCGAUAGUUUAUCAAAACAUCUUGAAUAUUUACAGAAUACAUUAAAUAAAACCAAAAACGAUUUAGAUUUAAAUGAAAAACAUUUUAAACAACAAAUUGAAACAAAUCGUCAUUUACAGCAAUUAAUUAAUGAAAAUAAACAAUCGAAAAAAAUUCUACAAGAAUCAUAUGAAAAGAAAAUUAUUGAAUUAAAAAAAGAAUACGAUCAAGAUAAAUCGAAUUUAAAUGAACAAAUUAAAUUAUUAACUACACAAAAAAUUAAUCUCGAACAACAAUUCAAUGAUCUAAAUAAUGAAUGUAUUUCAAAUAGAGAACAAAUCGAAAAAUUCGAACCAACGAAAUCUGAAUUAAAAAUCCUUACAGAAAAUCAAAUAAAAUCAAAUGAUUUAAUAAAAACAUUAGAACAAGAUCGUAUUCGUUCAGAAACCGAACUUAAUGUGAUUAAACGUGAUCUUGAAGAACGUAAUCAUGAAUUACAAAAAGAACGUAUACGUAUUGAAAAUAUGAUUCGACAAGAAGAACAUCAUCAAUCAAAGCAUAAAAUACUUACGAAAUCACAUGAAGAAUUAUCAGAUGAAUGUGAAUCAUUGAAAAAACAAGUGAUGGAAAUAACAAUUGAACGAGAUGAAUUACAAAAAUCAUUAAAAUUAAUUGAAAAACAAAAUCAAGCAUCUUCAAAUAUUCUUAUGGAAACAAAUAAUCAUGUUUUACAAGAAGUAGCUUCACUUAAAACUAAUAUUGAACAAAUUCAUCAACAAAUCAAUGAACGUGAACAAAUCUUAUCAAAAUAUUCAGAUAUAAAUGAACAUAAUCAAACUAUACUAGCAUCAGAUAAUCUCAUUCAUGAUAUGCAAAAUCAAAUGCAAACAAAUGAAUUACGUAUUGAUUUAUUACGAAAACAAAACGAUUCUUUAAAAUCAUCAUUAGGAAACUGUUUACUUAAAAAUAAUAGUAAUAAUCUAUCGAAAAUAACACAAGAAUCGAGAGAUUCAACACGGCAUGAAGAAUCACAUCGUCAAGAUUCCUUAAGAAACGAAAUAGUUACAUCGAAACCAAAACGAACGCCCUUAUUUUUAUUAGAUAGUGAAAUAGACGAACAACAACAAGCUUUUACGGAAACACGGCCGAUAACUACAACAAAUACUCUUCCUAAUUAUACAAAUAGUAGAUGGAUUCACUCGGAAUCAAUUGUAAAUAUUGAAACCUUAUCUCAGCAACAUCCGUCAUCAAGAACAAUAGGUUCUACACGUAUUCAAUCAACAAACUUAGGCACAAUAAUAGAAUCUCGACCACCCCCAACAACUCGUUCAUCUCGAAUUAUUCCUUCAUCAUCUGAUCAUAAUAUAGCGACUAAUAAAGGUCGAUCAGCAACAUCGAAUCGUCCAUCAACAACUGAUCAUAGUCGACGUGAUAGUUUACCAACAAAAUCUUCUCGAAAUAUCUCAUCAGCUAAAACACAUAGUUUAGCACUUAAUAUUAUUCAUCGAUGUACAAAUUGUAAUCAAACAUAUGAUGAUAAACGAAAUUAUGAUAUACAUAAAUUAUAUUGUAGAACUUAA